AGGGAUCGAAGGAGCCGCCGGAAGCAUCGGCCACACCACGGGAAACGCGAAGGUCGUAAGCACCGAAGCAAACGAGAACGCGGAAAAGGUCCUGGAAGCCCUCAGAGCCCGGAAAGCCCUCUUGGAGCGACCAGUCCCGCGAGCCCGUCGGGUGCGGCGAGUCCUCCGAGCGUAUCGAGCCCUCCGAUGGAAACGAUAUCGCCUUCCCCGGAGUCCACGCCGGACGCGAAGGGGGAGAAGCGUUCGCCACGCGCACAGUCUCGACCCAGGAGGAAGGGAAAGGAGAGAAAGAAAGGUUCGUCGAAGCGUAGCCGUAGUUCCCGGAGAUCGAACAAAAAGAGCAGGUCCAAGAGUCGAAAGUCCAGGAGCCUCAAAUCCGAGAGGGAUUCCCGAAGCCCCGAACUGGGCUCCGAGGCUUCGAGUGAAUCGCGGAAGUCCCGAAAAAGGAAGAAAUCGAGAGACAGUGCAAAAAGCAAGCGAUCCCGCGGCGGCCAGUCCAUAACCAGGUCGGAAAAGGCGCGCGAGAGCCCCGACCAGAAAUCGUCUGACAGCACGCUAAGUCCCGAGAAACGAUCGGGGUCGAGAGCGAGCAAGAGGUCCAGAAGCAAGCGCAGCAAGAGCAGAAAGGGGCGCGGGAAAAAGCGAAGGAAAGGCAAGUCUCGAAGCGUGAACAGCCGGAAGUCCAGAAGGUCGGCAAAGAGCCCCGACAUUAGCGGAAGCUCCGACGUAAAGGAUGCCGCGGAAAUUCAGAAAGGAAGUCGGGAGAUCGUAAGCCCCGAGCAGCGAUCAGAGACGAGGGCGUCGAAGAGGUCCAAAAGCAGCAGGCGCAGCGGGGGACGCUCUAGAAGCAAGCACAAGAGUAAGUCCAGGAGCCGAGGCGGGAAGAAAUCCGGAAGCCGAAGCAGCAGAAAAUCCAAAAGCAGUGAGCGUUCGAGGCGCAAACACGGCAGGCAUUCUAGAAGCAGCAGGCGCCCGAAGAGACGCAGGGGCAAACGAAGCGACAAGAGAUCCGGAAGUAGGAAAAAAAGCAGAUCGUCCAGGACCAGUUCGAUAUCUCGAAGUUCCCACGGAAAGAAGAAGCGACGGAGCCGACGCGGGAAGAGCGGCAGAAGGCACAGGAUAUCAAGAAAGAGGUCUCGUUCCACUAGGGCCUCUAGAGAUAGAAGUCCGCACGACGCCAAGAAAUCGACCGAACAAGUAGGCUACGCCGGCACGUCGAUCGUCUGCUGGCUUCUGAUUGCAGCCGUCAUUGCCACCCUAGUGCUGCUCACCUGCGUGCUCGCCAUAUACUACAUCGUCGUCUGCAGGGGGAAACCUGGGGCCUCGACUAUUAUCAGCGAGUCCACCACAUCUAAGGUUAAGCGCCGAACGACGCGGUCUCCCCGCCCUUCGACCGAGUCGCUGGAACCCUACUACUGCACUACAGACUACUGCAGGCGAGAGGCCGAAUACAUAAAAGCUCUUCGCAGCACCACCUCGAGUCCAUGCGACGACUUUUACGACCACGUCUGCGCCGCUUGGGUGUCCCAACACCCGGCGCUCUCGACGUCCACGGGAUCUCUGAUCUCCCAGGACACCCUGCUUCAAGUCGCGCUGACGCGUCGUGUGCUGGACCAGCUAAAGAGCGCCAAGAGUCCAGCGGACGUAGGGGUGGCGGCUGGCCUCCACAGCGACUGCGUGGACCGGAUCGUGAGCAUUCCCCCGGCUGCGGAAAGCCUGAGGAGUCUGUUCGCCAAGUGGUCGAUCGCGUCCUGGCCCCACGGCGAUUCGGUGCAGGACGGCGAGGUGGCGGUGUGGCGCUUCGCAGCCGAGCUCGCGCGCGACCUCGACCUGGCGACGAUCGCGCAAGUCGGCGUCAGCGUCAAUCCGGACAACCUGGACGAGACCGUGGUGGAGCUCGACGUGCCUCGGUUCCUCCUGGCCGACGCAGACCGAGCGGCGGGCAACCCGGCCGUGCUCUUCAAGCAAGCCGUCGAGGAGGUCGUGCGCGAGCUGAAAGCGUCGGUCCCCGGUGACUUCGGCGAUCGACUGUUCGCGGUGCGAUCCGGUUUCGCCGCUCUCAAGCGCUCGAGCUACGACGACGAAGACACCCGCGUCGUCCGAUUCCGCAACCUGAGCGAGGGGCUGCGCGAGUUCGUGACCGUCCUGCUCGCCAACGUGCCUACGCCAGUCAGAGGCGAGACGAACGUAGUCCUCCGGUCGGCGCCGUACUUCCUCCGGGACGUUGGCUCCGUCCUGCGAUCCGCUCCGCCCGCGAACACGGUCAACUAUUUCGGUUUCCUCGUGAUCGUUCACGCCGCGCCGUUCCUGUCUCACGACAUGCGAAGCUUGCGGAACCUCUUCACGGACAGCGUCCUGGGCCGCACAGUCGGCAACGCCAUAACGGACACGCCUCUCCUUUGCGCCUGGCUCGUCGAUCAGGCGUUGCCGGACUGCGUCGCCAAGGCCGCCAGCCUGUGGCUCCACUCGGCAGGCCGCGACGUCGUCACGCGAGAGUGGCUGUCCCAGCUUGAAACUGUGUUCCUGCGGCACGUGACCGACCUGCCCUGGAUCAGCGAGCUGUCGGCGCUCCUGGUGCGCUACAGGCUCAAGAGGCAGGCCACAACGCAGGUCGGUCCGGCUCCCUCGAAGCGGCUGGACUGCGCUCGCGGCAUAAGUCUCGUCGGACCCAAUCCGCUCCUGGUUUUCUGGAAUGUCUCCAAGCAGAGGCAGGACAAGGUGCUCCGCGGCCUACUGAUGCGCGGCGACCGACUCAGGGCCCGCGCCUGGGCCGGCCGCUCCGAGCUGUCCGCCGAGGCCUCGUUCCGGCGCGACCUGCAGCUGGUGCACGUUCCCGCGGCGCUGUUCAACGACUCGGUGCCGACCACAAGUUCGGUCUUCGUCUUGCACCUGGCUCGCGUCGCGGUGCGCUUCUACCGGGCCCUGACGCAGUUCCUGCACGAGAACCCGUACGAGCGAGACGCCCCGCUCAGCAUCGCCAACGACUACGACUACGACUACGACUACCGGCUGACCGAGGCGCUCGAGUGCUUGAAGAAGCACGGCUACGCCGGCGAUCCGCGGGGCGCUCGGCGCUCGGCGCGCGCCCUCCUGGAUCGGACGACCGCGCUCAUCCUGGCGGUCACCGCCUUCGACCAGCUGCUGCCCAUCCGCCGGAUCUGGAGGAUGGACCUGCGGUUCAAGGACCUCCCGGACGUGACGGCGCAGCAACUGUUCUUCAUCUACUUCGCCCUGGACAACUGCGAGUCCGCGGACCCGGCGUACCACAGCGGCGGGCUGUCGGCGAAGCAGAGGGUGAACGUGCCCCUGAGGCACCUCGGCCGGUUCGCCGCGGCGUUCAAGUGCCGGCGCGGCGCUCCUAUGGCGGCGGCGGAUUGCAUGCUCGAUCACGGACGCCGGCGGCGCGUCGUCGCACAAGCGGCGUGGAACGGUCGCGAGGGCGUCGCCAUGGAAACGCCCGCGCCGCCGUAGUCCGCGGACGGAGAAUCCGUCGCCCGACCUUAUAACUUGCGCGCGAUCAUCCGCGCGCAAGUGGUCAUCCGGGUCUCGCGCGUUCAAUCGCGACACUUUUUUUUUUUUUUUUUGGUAGCGCGGGCAGUGCAUGCAGGAGACCCCAGGGCCCGGUGUGGAUGCGCUGCAAGGGCGAUUGCAUGCGCCCACGAUGCGGCCUUUUAUGGUCGCGUUUGUAAAAGUCUCCUUUCGCAUUCGCUCGUUAGCGUUUAGUGCGAUUCACUGAAUUACGAAUCGCUGGGAUAAGUAUAUAAAACAGCACGAUUCCUCGGUUCGUUUUGUUGCAGCAAGUUUUUUUUUGCGAUAUUUGAACGCACCGAGCAGUAAUUUAGCGAAGAUUUUCUAUAUUCAAUAUAGGAGACGCGUCAACCUAUAUUUGUGAUGUAAUGGAAUAUUGUUGCUGUCGUCUGCAGCAGCUUUUUAGAAAUUAUUGCAGCGUCAUACUUAUUGUGAUAAACAUGUGACUUCGGCAUCAAUAUAUGGGGGAUAAAUGACACGUCCGAGAUAUGGAUAUGUAAGCAGUAAACAAGAUGUCUCGCCUGGAAGAACAGCGAUACAGUAGCUCUGUAGACUAUUAGCUUUGUUCUAACCGAAAUCUUUCUCGAAUUUCAUUUUUCGUAUAGGCCAAUUAUCCUAGAAUUUACUACGCGACGUUGACUCGUCAGCAUGUGUGUUUGAUGUGGGGAACCACUGCUAGCUGUCGCCAUAGAAGGUCCUUGACAGUGUUCAUCGUGUUUUAAUAAUGACGAUAAAUGAUGCAUCAUCGAUAUCAAUAUGAAAAACGAAAAUAUUACCGUAUAUCGCCUCGUAAUACAGCAUUAAUAGCUCGAAAGGUAACACUUUCAUUGCUAUCGUUGAGUCAUGUCCAGUAAAUUAAAAUUUAAUGAUAAAUUUAAUGAAAAAUGUCAAGGUAGCAGCAAAGUUAGAGAAGAUAACUGUACAACACGCAAUACGCGAUAUAGGCAACAGGAGAAAUAGAAAAAAAAGAUACUACAGAAUAAUGAAGACAAUGAAUAUGGAACAUUGUCUUAUUCUCCAUCGUUCCUUUUCAUUUCGCCUUCCAGAAUUCACGCCUAUAAUUCUUGCAGAACUUUUAGCUGCCAUUACCACCUGUGAAUUAAAUUGAUCUGAGCAGGUUCCAAAUUGGUCGUCCUUGAUUCUAUGUCAUUAUUGGCUUCUUGUGACUCGCAAGUAUUGAAAGCUUUGAUCAUUAAUGCCUCCCCUAUGUAUGUAUGUAUGUAUGUAUGUAUGUAUGUAUGUAUGUAUGUAUGUAUGUAUGUAUGUAUGUAUGUAUGUAUGUAUGUAUGU